UGUUGCCAGGACAAGGUUACGCCAUUGGGUUUGGUCAAUAAUGUGCCUAGGACCUUAGAACUUAAAGAUGUCGAAGGCUUCCGGAUCAGAAGAUGAGCCGCUGGUUCCAGAUGAUUUCGAUGAUGACUUCUUCAAGGAGUUAUGCGAUAAGAUCCCGGAGGCAACGAAAGCUCUGCGUCAAAAGGACACCCCCAACAAUGCGGAUAAUGUCCAGAGAUUGCUUAUCUGUGGAACGCGCUACAAAAGCGAUCUGCGGAUGGAGAAGGAACGUUCCCAGGAUCUGCAAAAGGAGAUCGAAAGCCUGGAGGCACGCUUGGAAAAUGCAGCCCGUGUGACCAAAAUGGACAUGGCCACCAUUGAGGAGCUUCGAGGAGUCAUAGAGGGUGCUUGGAGGCAAAAGGAUGCUGCUCAGAUCCGAGAACAGUCCGCCCAGGAUGAGGUCUUGAGUCUGCGUGAAAAGCUGGACGAAUCGGAGCAAAUGGUGGCCCAUCUCAAUGAGAAGCGACUGGCCAUGAGCAAACGUGAUGAUGGAAAGGAACGGGAACGCCUAACAGCCGAGAUCACCGAUCUCAACAAGAGGUUGCAGUUGCAACGGACAUAUGCCACGGAAUUGGACAGUACCAUCGAGGGAUUGGAGGCCAAAAACAAGGAGUUACUGAAGCUACUAGAUGAAACCUCCAGCGAUGCCUGCAACCUGAAACGUAAAAGCGAUGCCUUGUCCAAGGAAGUUUCCACGAUGAAGAGCGAAGAGUCCCGCUACCAGGAGCAAAUAUCCCAAAUGAAGUCGGCCAACGAGCACUUGACCAAAGUGAAAGUGCGUCAGAACCUGCAGAUUCUGUCCCUGAAGACGAACCUGGAACAUCUGAAUACCCAGCACAACGCCACCAACAAUAAGCUAGCCAAGAUCACAGUGGAUCUGGAGUACACAGUGCAGGAGCGGGAUAAGAAUAAGCGGGCUCUGAACCAACGCAUCAAUCUGCUGAAGGUGCGCGAGGAUGAGCUGAUUAAGGUUCGCCAGGACAACGGCAAGCUGGCCAAGUCCCAGGAGACAAUUGCUCGGAAAUACGCCGGACUAGAUGAAUCCAAACGAGAAGUGGAGCAGCAGAACAUAAGACUUAAAACUCAGCUGGGCACUCAGGACAAGGAACUGGAGUCCAUGCGCCGCGUGGUCCACCAUUUCGAGAAGAACAACGAGAAUCUGACGAAGGAGCGGGAUUCCCUGAGGCGCGAAUUGCAGGCCAGUCACCAACAACUCGAGCAGAGCAACGCCCUGCAUCAAGAGGCGCAGCACGAAGUGCGAGCUCUCAAGGACACCAUCACCACCAUGGACACCAAGCUGAAGAAACUCAACGAGGAUGCCAGCAAGCUGAAGAAGGAGAAGACCAAGAAGCUGGACGAGAUUCAGCACUGGAUAGACAAGUUGGAUGCGCUUCAAAACGAGAUGCACUUGAAGGAGAACUACGAGAUCGAACUGAAGCGCACGAUCAGCGAUUUGGAGGCCAAGUGCUCGAAGUUCCAGCAACAGCAUGAUGUCCUGGCUGGCGAACGCCAGACCCUUCAGCGCAGUGUCCAGGUGGCCGACGAGGAGCGCCAGAAACUUCGCGACCAACUGGUCAACUUGCAGGCGUUGGUGGAGAAACUGAAGGCGAAGAUCGGCUACCGGGACGCAGAGCUGUCCAAGCUGCAGCUGCAGAUCGAUCGCAUGGAGAAGGAGCGACGCCUGCUGCGCAACGACAUCCGCCACGCCCAGCUGGGUCAGCAGCACACCAAGGCGGAGCUGCUGGACAAGCGCAAGGAGAACGAUCGGCAUGCCAAGUCGCUGCAGGAGGACGAGCAAAGGCUGGCCCGCCUGCGCAAGGAUGUGGACAACCUGAUGAACGAGAAGAACGCGAUCAGUGCGGCGCUGACCAAGCGGAACGAGGAGUUCGAGCGACUGAAGCACAGCCAGGAGAACCUCCAAACGGUGUACGAUCAGACCCAGAGGCAGUGCAGCCAGUACCAGGACGACAUGCGAUUGAUGGGCGUGGAGAUCAAGAAUUUGCGAACGGAACGCGAUGUCCUGCGUGCGGAUAGGGAGAGUGCAGCGGAUCUGCGCCAGGAGCUCCUCCAAAUGCACCGCAUGCUCAACCAGGAGAGGAUCAAGGCGCGUGCCCUGCAGGAUGAGAUGGUCACGCCCAUGAACGUCCAUCGCUGGCGUCUGCUGAGCGGCAAGGAUCCCGAGAAGAUGGAUCUCCUGGGUCGUAUCAGUAUCCUGCGCAAGCAGCUGCUCCAGCAGAACGUGGCUGCUUUGGAGCAGGAGCGAGCCCUGAACGAAUCCCAACAGCUAUAUGCAGCUUUGCGCGAGUUCAUGCUCAAGCUGCCCAGUCACAAAGUCCGAGCGGAGCUAAACAGCGUUAAGGUAAGUCAGAAGUUAAUUGAAUUUAAAAGUAUUAAACCCUACAUUCUUCUGUUUAACUCCGAACAGGCUAAUUUAUCCGCCAAGGAUCGCAAACUGAAGGUCCUGAAGGCCGAACUAAGUGCCAGGGAGGCAGACGAGAGGUCCAAGAAGGAGAAGCUGGAGGAGAUGAGGGUAAAUCUGGCGCUGACCAAAACCCAGCUUCUGGAGGAAAAGAAGCACAAGCAGAAACUCCUAGAGGAGCGACAGUUGCUGGAGCAGAUGCACUGCUAUUCGGCACCCGCCCAACUGCCAAGAACUUUGGGAGCAGGUUUUAAGAUGGUUAGUAAUUUACUCUAAAUAACAGGAAUACUACCAAAAUAAAAGUUACUUUAACCAUA